AUGCUUCUCCAAAUGAGAAGAGCAAGAGAGGAUGAAGAAUUAGACUUGCCAGUGCACGGUGGAUCCAGACCCGUUUGCAUGCCAAACUUGCCACGGGAUUUUGAAGCAGGCUACAACCAACUGUUCACCGACUACUUUGCAGAAAAUCCCGUCUACCCCGAUCACUUGUUUCAAAGGCGUUUCCAAAUGUGA